AUGGGUCACGUCCAAGUUCUUCUAUUCGUCGUAACAAGCGCAUCUGCCUUGGCAGCUCUUACUGCUAUUUUCUCGGCCAUCCAUGUGAUGACCGAUAUUAGCAACUUCCAAGAUGAGGUUAUCUCCGAUUUAAGCAAUUUCAAGCAGUACGCUGACGAUGCAUGGGGAGUAAUGGUUCAAACUGGAAACUCACCAGGAUUCCGAUUCGAUCAGAUCACCGGAAGAGUCCGUAGACAGUAUGCCACUGCUGCUGUUUCUGGAGGUGGUGGAGGAUGCCAAUGCGCCGCUCAGGCUUCUGGGUGCCCAGCGGGACCACCAGGACCACCAGGGCCAGAUGGAUCUGCUGGACCAGCUGGACCAGCCGGAAAUCCAGGAGCUGAUGGAGAUGCUGGAAGCCCAGGAGAGGCUGGAGGAGCUGGACCACCAGGACCACCUGGACCAGACGGAAACCCAGGAGCUCCAGGAAACGAUGGUGAAGCGGGAUCCCCAGGAACUCGCUCUAUCAGCUCUCCAGGACCAGCCGGACCAGCCGGACCACCAGGACCACCAGGACCAGACGGAGCUCCAGGAGGAGGAAGCGGACCAGGACCAGCUGGACCAGCCGGACCACCAGGACCAGACGGAAACCCAGGAUCUGCUGGAGCUGAUGGUCAACCAGGAGGACCAGGACAAGACGGUGCACCAGGAAGCGAUGCCGCAUACUGCCCAUGCCCACCAAGAAGCGGAGCUAUCGCAGGAGGAGGAGGAGGUGGAGAUGCCGGAGUUUCCGGAGGAAGCGACUCUGCUGUUGGAGGAGGAGGCGAUACCAACGCAAGCACCGAUUCUCAAACUAAUCGAUGGACAAAACAUUUCCAAAGAUUGAGGAAACAUUCAUCAAAAACUUUGCCAUUUAGUUUUAGCAUCAUUUAUUUGAUGGGAAAUAAACAUUUUCAUUUGGCAUUCACAGUAUUUAUUUUUAAAUGUAAGACCAGGGGUAAAAAUUUAUUGGGAUAA